CUUAACUGCCAGUACUGUUCAGUGCAGAUGUGCUUCUGUGAGUUUGCAUUGGUUUUGGUUCCAGGUUCCAUAAUCUUAUAAGAGAAACACUUUAUUGCUAUACUUACCUAUAAAUCAGAAGUAGUUUAGGAAUUUGCAACUAUGGAUCUAAAGGGACUGAACAGCCCUCUUUGGUUCAGUGAAUGAACCAAAACUGAGAAUUUGUAAACGGACUUACGGAUGAAGACAUGUACACACUGUAAUCCUGUUGAAUGAAGAACGCAGCUGUAUGAACAUGAAGACAAUGUGGAAUUAUGUAUGGUUCCUUCUUUGGCUAAAUGCAGCUUUCAGUUCUCAAAACAAGGUUAAGAAGCCUUACAUCCCUCCUGAAGGAACAGACUGCAAAUAUAAAGAAGAAUACAAACAUUCACGCACUCAGAAAUGCUGCAGCAUGUGUCCGCCAGGGCAUCAUCAGUUUGAAGCUUGCACUGAAGAUUCCGAUACUGUGUGUCAUCCCUGCAAAAAUAAUACCUAUACAGAAAUCUGGAACAGAGCCAACUGUUACAAAUGUAUACAAAAAUGCAGUGCAGAUUAUGGACUUGAAGAGACACAGCCUUGUAAUGCAACCCAUAAAAGGAAAUGUGCAUGUCAGAAAGAUUUCUAUUGUGUUAACAUUCAUCUUGAAGUGUGCAAAAUGUGCAGUCCCUAUACCUCCUGUGCUAAAGGGUAUGGGGUGAUAAAACAAGGCACUUCAAAUAGUGACACUGAAUGUGCUCCCUGCAAGCCAGGCACAUUUUCAGAUGUGGAAUCUCACACAGAGCUAUGCAAGGUUCAGACAAAUUGUGAGGCUUUGGGACUACGAGUAUUAAGAAUAGGAACAGAUGUCAGUGACACAGUUUGUGAUGGGAUUGCAAGUAAGCCACCAUUGAAUCCUACUUCUACUUUUACCUUAAAUACAAACAGCAAAAUCAUAGAGGCAGCCACCAAGGCAGACAACAACACCUUAAUCCCUGUCAUCCAAUGGACUUCUUCUCCUGUACUACUUACUUAUGUGAAUGGAAAUGACAUUCCUCUGGUUGCUGGAAUUCUUGGUGGAGCAUUUGUAAUAAUCAUUACAGCAUUUAUACUUUUCAUCGUCUACAAGCAGAACAAGAGCAACCAUUGUCCUGUCAAGCCUUCUGAAGAUAUCAUUGUCAAAAACAAGUCACCUGAGAAAUGGAAACACAAUUCUGUGGCAGUAAAUAAUGAACAAGAAGAGCGUUUACUUUUGGAUUCUCCUCAGUCAAGCAAUAAUUCGUUAGAUGAAAAUGGAACCUCCCAUGUGCAGAGAAACAACUCGGAUUUAAGGACAAAGAAAACAUGCACAGACAGGCCACAGAAAUCGUUAGCAUCUGACAGUUUCAAAGACUACGAUGGCGUUAAAUUCCAGUGCGGUGGAUCAAGACCAAAUUCAGACCACAACUGCAAUGGUGGUACGCAAGUGAAUGUAACAUGCAUUGUGAAUGUUUGCAAUUCUGAGCAUAACUCUGCAUAUACAGCACAGCCGAAUCAUAAUGGUGGCACAGAGUCACACGACCAGACAAGGCCUUCCACAUCUUUUGUACCCGAUGAUGACAUUCCACUUUCAAGUGAAGAACAGUCUCAAACUCCUGAAGAUGUCCACUACCCAACUGAAGAAGAAGAUAAAUGUUUACAUAAGUUACAUCGACAAAAUGGAAAAGAAUGUCACAUUAGUGUUCAAGACACAGAAAUGCAAAUUCUUUGAUACAGCAGCUAUUUUAUCAACGCUUAGGUCCUUGCAUUGCUGGACAAGAGCAUUUAAGAGAAGUUUACAGUUUACAGCACUGGAUUAUAAAUUGAUGUGUUAUUGUUGUUGUUGUUGUUGUGUCUUUCGGCUUUUCCCGGUCAGGGGUCGCCACAGCGGAACUCCGGUCCGCUAAUGAUUGGCAGUAGAUGUGUUAUUGUACAGAUGUAAUAUUUAAAUUAUUGCACCAUCUACUGGCAAAUUUGUAAAAGAUGAAGGGGAAUUCAAGCAGAAUGAAAAAAGUUGUUCAAGGAGUCCUUUGAUUAGGAUUUCAUAAAGACAUUGUAUUUUGUAUUCUUCAGUUUUUAUUACUACUUUUAAACUGGUUCAUUGUGGUAUCUAUGGCCAUGUCAUUUAUUACUUACUUGUUUCAAUGGAAGUUAGUCACUCCUUGGGGCUCACUAAAAUAGGCACUGCUAUAUUUGCCAAAUUCAGGUUGGUCAGUUAGCAUGAUGGGGAGAAAAUCUGAUUCACAGACAGUAAUGACUGUAAUGAAAACCUCAUUACUGUCUUACAGUGGAAAUAAACACUGCACCUUCAUACCAGACUGAGAAAGGGUUUUCCUUAAUAGCUCAUUUAUUACACUAGCAACGGCACCUCCUUCCCUUACAAGCAUACACAUUCAGACACCGAUGAUUGUGCAUGAGUGCACACACAUACACACACAUACACACACACACACACACACACACACACACACACACACACACACACACACACACACACAUGCAUAUCCACUCAUCUACAAAUAAGCCCCCACACUUACUCACACUCAUAGAAACACUCAUCCAUUUACCUGCACAAGCUUCAUCACAUACACGGACAUGCACAGACCCGCAGACACAGAUGCAGACACACAGAC